AGCCUCCUUUCCAUAGGCCUUCACUAACCGCCUUCCUGCUUUCGGCAAACAUGGCGCCGAUGUUGGCACCGCCGCUGAAAUGCUGCUUUCACUUCCAAAGACGCAAACUAGCGCUUCUCCUUCGACAGACGAGCUCGUAUCACGUUUGGAAUAAAAGCCGCGGUGAAAAAGGGACGGAUUAUAAACGUCAAAGUACAUAUCUGCUGAGUUCCCCUCCACACCUACAAACAGCAACAUGGAGUACACACAGGAGCGACAACAGUCGGCGGAUGCUGGACGCAGUAAAACAUUUGCAGAUUACAGACAAAAGAACAUGUUGGCAUGGAAAUGCAGGAGGAAAGCUAAAUGCAGAUCCAAAAAAUGUGCUAAAUGAGGUGAAUUCAGCCCAGAUCCUGUCUGCAAUGCUGUCGUACGUGUGGCCAAAGAAUAGACCAGACCUUCGGGCCCGUGUUGCCAUCUCUCUGGGCCUGCUCGCUGGAGCCAAGAUGACCAAUGUGACGGUGCCCUUCAUGUUUAAGUAUGCAGUGGACGAGCUUAACCAGAUGUCGGGACACAUGCUGCACCUGAAUGACGCGCCAAGCACCGUGGCUACCAUGGCAACGGCCAUGCUGAUUGGCUAUGGCGCGUCCCGGGCUUGUGCAGCCCUCUUCAACGAGCUGAGGAACACUGUGUUCGGCAAGGUGGCCCAGAGCUCCAUCCGACGCAUCGCCAAGAACGUCUUCCUCCACCUGCACAAUCUGGAUCUGAGUUUCCAUCUCAGCCGCCAGACGGGAGCGCUGUCCAAGGCCAUCGACCGCGGCACACGGGGCAUCUCAUUUGUCCUCAGUGCAAUCGUCUUCAAUCUAGGUCCCACGAUCUUCGAGAUGGGCCUCGUCAGUGCCAUUUUGUAUUACAAGUGUGGAGGACAUUUUGCAGCAGUGUCCUUGGGUACCUUAUCAGCAUACACCCUCUUCACCAUUCUCAUCACUCAGUGGAGGACUCAGUUCCGGAUAGAAAUGAACAAAGCAGACAAUGAAGCCGGAAAUGCAGCUAUUGAUUCCCUCCUUAACUAUGAGACUGUGAAGUACUUCAACAAUGAGAAGUACGAAGCUGAAAAGUACGACAGCUACCUGAAGAUCUAUGAGUCAUCCUCUUUAAAAACCACGUCCACGCUCGCCGUGCUCAACUUUGGCCAGAGUGCCAUCUUCAGUGUCGGCCUCGCUACCAUCAUGGUGCUGGCCAGCAAGGGCAUUGCGGCAGGUACGAUGACCGUGGGAGACCUGGUGAUGGUGAACGGCCUGCUCUUCCAGCUCUCCCUCCCCCUCAACUUCCUGGGCACAGUGUACAGAGAGACCCGGCAGGCCCUAAUAGACAUGAACACUCUUUUCACCCUGCUCAGCAUCGACACCAAGAUCAAGGAGAAGGAUCUCGCCCCGGUAUUAGCCAUCACACCGCAGGAGGCCACAAUCCGCUUCGAGGACGUCUAUUUCGAAUACCUGGAGGGCCAGAAAGUCUUAAACGGAGUGUCCUUCGAAGUGCCUGCUGGGAAGAAGGUGGCUAUAGUUGGUGGCAGCGGGUCAGGGAAGAGCACCAUUGUGCGGCUGUUGUUCCGCUUCUUUGAGCCCCAGCGGGGGAACGUCUACAUAGCGGGGCAGAAUAUCCGAGACAUCAGCCUUGACAGCCUGAGGAAGUCUUUGGGGGUCGUACCUCAGGAUGCCGUUCUGUUCCACAACACCAUCUUCUACAACAUGCAGUACGGGAACAUCAACGCCACACCAGAGGAGGUGUACCAAGUGGCACGUCUAGCAGGCAUCCAUGAUGCUAUCCUCAGGAUGCCCCACGGCUAUGACACCCAGGUUGGGGAGCGGGGCCUCAAGCUGUCAGGAGGGGAGAAGCAACGUGUCGCCAUCGCCCGUGCAAUACUGAAGAAUCCGCCCAUCCUCCUGUAUGACGAAGCAACAUCCUCCCUCGACUCCAUCACAGAAGAGAACAUUCUGACUUCAAUGAAGGAGAUGGUGAAGGACAGGACAUCAGUGUUCAUCGCCCACAGGCUCUCCACAAUCGUAGACGCAGACGAGAUUAUAGUGCUCAGCGAGGGUAAAGUGGCAGAGCGAGGCGACCACCAAUCCCUCCUCAACACCCCCGGCAGCUUGUACGCAGACCUGUGGAACACCCAGAACAGUAAAGCCCUCAACAUCAACGCAAGCUCGACCAAGCCGCCGGCCGAGCGCCUGUCCCAGAAGGAGGAGGAGAGGAAAAAGUUGCAGGAGGAGAUCGUCAACAGUGUUAAGGGCUGUGGGAACUGCUCCUGUUGAGAGAAGUGGCCUCCUCCACGUCUCUACAUCCCCUCACAGACAGCCUACACUGGAAUCCCUGGUCCGUGCAGUAUUUGGGAGGGAGCGGAGGUAGGGGUACAUCCCCACUCUCCACUCAAGCCAAGCCUCCACCCAUGUGACUAUCCCUCCUCCUCCUCCUCGUAUGAAUAAAGGCCACUGCUCGCCAAAGUGAAGGAGGAGGAGCAGAACAGGGAGCAAGUGUGUUUAGCGCUGGCUGUUGUCCAGAGAUAGAGCUUCUAUGCCAGUUGUCUCAGCUGAAGCCAAGCAUAAGAGACCUCGUAUAUCACAUACGUGUGUGUAAGACAUCUGUUAGUCAACAUGGCUGCCCCCCCCCUCCUCCUCAUUUUUGACAUCAGGUUUAUUGACAUCUUCCAUUGCACUGGAAACAGAUGAGAGUACACGUAAUGACUUGCAUAUGCCUUGAUGUUGACACAAAAUUUGUGUUGAUUUAAUUUUCUAAAUUAUUACUCAACCUAUAGUUUGCUUUUUUUUUUUACAUUAAGGAUGUGCACUUAUUACAAUUUAUUCUGCGAUUAGAUGUACUGAAUUACAAGGAUUGUUUUGCAGUAUGUGUAGGUUUGAAUAACACUAUUUCAUUUAGGCAUUCAGUCAUAAUGCACAUUGCCCGUGACAUUUUUUUAAUGCGCGUUCUAAAAAUAUAAAAUUUGGCAGAUAAUCAAGUCGUCUUGAUUCGACUCGGCAUAAUAUGGAUGUUUGGACUCAUGAACAUGCAAAAUAGCUCCCCAGUGAAUUAGCAGUAUGUCACAGUCACAUUCGUGUAAAUAUAACACUCUGAGAAUGACGAGAAGCAACCCUUAUAAAUCAUGAAUGGAUUUCACCACAAUGGGAGCCACAUGAAGAGGCAACGACUUGAAAGUCUCCUCUGGGAACAUUCGUAUCAUUUAGCCUUAGUUGACGGGCCUCUUGUAAUGAAAAGUUAUUCAGAGAGUUUUAACAGUGCUAAGACAGCUUUUUGGAUUGUAUGACCAGAGACUUCUUCCUGAAGGUUAUAUGUAAAUGUUAAUAUUUAAAUACUGACAGUACACAUAUGUCCUCAUUUUCUGAGGGCUGUUUUGGCUGUGAUAUGCACAUUUUGUUAGGAACCUUUAUUAUGUUAUUGUAUCUAUAAAUAAAAUGAUUAGUCCUGUACACAAUUGUGAAGCCUGUUUCAUAGUAUUCAGGACUAUAUUGACUGUGUACACUGCAGAUAUUAUAAUAAUAAAUGUUGGCUUUUGUCUAAAUAA